AUACCCCAUCGCUUCCGGCUCGGGAGUGGAUACCGCUCCUUUUUCUGUGGCCAAAAUUUUUGGCUUCGGUGGUGCACGAGAUCGCAUACUCCGACCACUCCGCUCUCCUCCUCCACGUCCUCCCGGAGAAUGCUUAUGGCCGGUAACUUUUGCCGGCUCGCCAACUUUCCGUGGCCUCAGCCCGCCGCGAACCACAGAGGAGCUAGGCGGGGUUCUUGCUCUCCCUGGCGUUUCCCCUCUGAUGGCCGUCCCUCGGAACCAUGGGCUUUCAGGUGCCUGCGGAUUGCCCGGCCUUCUGCUAUCUCACAAGGCCGCAGCGUCUCCUGUCGAGCCUCAGAAAUCACCGCUGAUCCGGGCCAAGACCGACUCAUGAAGGUAUCUUUUGGAUGUUUGCUGGAAGAAAUGUGUCAGGCACAUACAGGGCGAAUAGUGCAACAAGAUGCUAUAAGGAGUCUGUUCAGACCAUAUUAUGGCAGGUGGUGAGGAUAGAAAAAAAAGAAAACUUAUGCAGUCUGGUGUCACCCAUGAUCAGAAGCAUGAUAAAAAAUGAAAGAGAAGUCCCCAUAGCAAAUAUAAGAAAUUUCUGCAUUAUUGCGCACAUUGACCAUGGGAAGUCAACCUUAGCAGAUAAAUUAUUACAGUUGACUGGUACGAUACAGAAGAGGGAGAUGAAAGAACAAUUCCUAGAUAACAUGGAUUUAGAAAGAGAAAGAGGCAUCACAAUCAAAUUACAGGCAGCCAGGAUGCGUUAUGUUUUGGAAAGUGAACCGUAUUGCCUUAAUUUAAUUGAUACUCCAGGGCAUGUGGACUUCUCAUAUGAGGUUUCUCGUUCUCUUGCGGCUUGUGAAGGUGCCCUUCUAGUUGUAGAUGCUUCUCAGGGUGUGGAAGCUCAGACAUUAGCUAAUGUUUAUCUGGCUCUAGAAAACAACCUUGAGAUUAUACCAGUUUUGAAUAAAAUAGAUCUGCCAGGUGCUGAACCAGAUCGUGUUUCCCGGGAUAUUGAAGAGAUUAUUGGAUUAGAUUGCAGCGAUGCAAUUCAUUGUUCAGCUAAGGAGGGAAUAGGUAUAACUGACAUUCUCAAUGCUAUAAUCACAAGGAUUCCUCCCCCUAAGGAUACUGCUGGAAGUCCUCUUAGAGCUCUUAUAUUUGAUAGCUACUAUGAUCCAUACAAAGGUGUAAUUGUUUAUUUUCGGAUUGUUGAUGGAACUAUAAAGAAAGGUGACAGGAUAUAUUUCAUGGCUAGUGGGAAGGAUUACGUUGCUGAUGAAAUUGGUGUCUUGUCACCCAAUCAACUGCCUGUAAAUGAGCUAUAUUCUGGUGAGGUGGGCUAUAUUUCAGCUUCAAUAAGAUCAGUUGCAGAUGCCAGGGUUGGUGACACAAUUACUCACUUCCGAAGAAGGGCAGAGAGCUCAUUGCCAGGAUAUGAGGAGGCCAGAUCCAUGGUGUUUUGUGGUCUAUUCCCUGUUGAUGCUGAUCAAUUUCCUGAGUUGCGUGAUGCAUUGGAAAAGCUUCAACUCAAUGAUGCUGCUCUGAAGUUUGAGCCUGAAUCUUCUAGUGCUAUGGGUUUUGGUUUUCGAUGUGGGUUUUUAGGUCUUCUCCAUAUGGAAAUUGUCCAGGAAAGGCUUGAGAGAGAGUACAACUUGACAUUGAUAACAACUGCACCAAGUGUAGUUUACCGUGUCAAUUGUAUAAACGGUGAUACUAUUGACUGCUCAAAUCCAACUUUACUGCCAGAGCCUGGAAAGAGAAGUAAAAUUGAAGAACCAUUUGUUAAGAUUGAAAUGCUCACACCAAAGGAAUAUAUAGGCUCUCUAAUGGAGCUUGGUCAAGAAAGAAGAGGCGAAUUUAAACAAAUGAACUUUAUCACAGAGAAUAGAGCCUCAAUUAUUUAUGAGUUACCGCUAGCAGAGAUGGUUGGGGAUUUCUUUGAUCAGCUGAAGUCUAGAAGUAAAGGAUAUGCUAGCAUGGAAUACACUUUUGUGGGUUAUAGGGAAAGUGAAUUGGUGAAGCUUGACAUCCACAUCAAUGGUGAGCCUGUUGAACCAUUAGCAACAAUUGUCCACAAGGAUAAGGCAUAUGCAGUAGGGAGGGCUCUGACUCAGAAACUGAAAGAACUAAUUCCUAGACAGAUGUUCAAACUACCCAUUCAAGCAUGUAUUGGUUCAAAGGUGAUUGCUAGUGAAUCGUUGUCAGCCAUCAGGAAAGAUGUUCUAUCAAAAUGUUAUGGGGGUGAUAUAACAAGGAAAAAGAAGUUGCUAAAGAAGCAGGCUGAAGGAAAGAAAAGGAUGAAAGCAAUUGGCAAGGUUGAAGUACCACAAGAAGCCUUUAUGGCUGUUUUGAGACUAGAAAAGGAAGUGAUAUGAUAUCCUGUGUAAUCAAAAUCAAUCAAAGAGCCAAAAUAAUUGUCUGUUGCUAGCAACUUUUCUCGCCAUCAUGUGCUCAAGAGAUAUCCAAGUUCUAUAAGAAGAGCAAUGCAGGCUUCAUAAUUUACCCGUCAUUCUUCUUCCCAUAUGCUUGCAGCUAAUGGACAUUAAAGGCCCCGAGUUGCUCGCUUGUUGAUUUUUCCACUUCUAUCAAUUGCUUGCACCUAAACAGUCUUUUGCUUGGCCAGAAUGCUGACUUGUACGUCCAAAAUACACUCAGAAGGACAAAAUGAAGCAUUUAUUAAUUUAUAUGCAGCAUUCAUUCCACAGCUUAGGGGGUAUGAGCAGGAAAAAAUCUUCAAAUUUUUCUUACAUAAAAUGAUUUGUAAAUCUCUGAGAUUGAUCCAAUCAAUAUGCACUUUUAUUUGAAUAAGAGUCAGAUUCUAUUAGCUUUCCAUAAUGUAGUAGAGUAUUUAUUAUUAUCA